ACGGUACAAUCAAUCCCUCCAAAAGUGAGAGAAAAACAAUACCAUCAUAUUUUAAUUUGGCCAUCUCUCACCUCUCUCCUCUCUCUUUCUUUUCCCUCUUCUCCUUCUUCGUGCCUCCCCGAAACAGCAGAUGAAGGUUUUCUCAUCUCCAUCUUUGCUCAAUCUUUGAUUUAUCUCUAUACUGUAGAUAAACAAAAAAAAUCAUGGGAUGAAAGCUCUCUCCUUCUCUGCCUAAUCGAUCUGGUCUUCAUCCCCCUCUCCAAAAAUCACCAUCAACCCCCCAACAAAAUCUCCGGCUAAGCUUCAAUUCUGCAUUCUUCUUUACCGACGAAUCAGUUCCAACAGUCAGCACCUAUCUUUAGUUUGGAUUUUGCUUUUGUUGUUGGGCCUUCUGAUUAAACGUCUCUCCUGAUUAUUCUGUUUCCUUGGAGGUCCUGCUAUCAGAACGACAACAUAGCUGGAGGAGAAUCCAAGUGCUAGCAAAUGGGUCAGGACACCCAUCAACAACUAUGAUAAGAUGUUUGAGUUGUAUGGUGAACAUAGAGCAACCGGAGAUGGAGCUGCGAGUGCAUUUGAGAGGAUCGAUUGUUGGAAUAUGAGGAAUUCAGCAUUCAACAUUGAUUUGAAUGACACAGAAGAUGACGAAGGUAUGAAUGCCUAUACUCCUUCACCUUUUACACCUCGUGAAGGGACAAAUGCAUAUAGCUCUGAUGGUAGAUCUGCUUUCACUCCUGAUCCUUCACCAUCAGUCGACUCUCAUGGAACUGCCUCUUUAAAAGGAACCAAAAGAAAAGCAACUAUGGGAGAUGUAUUUGUCAACCAGCUAGAGGUAAUGUCUACCAACAUGAGUAGAAUGGCAGCAGGUAUAGAGAUGGGGAAUAUGAUUGCUGAACGUUCUGCCAAGGCGAUGGAGAAAGGAAACAAGAUUAAAGAGAAGUCAUUGGUGAUCCUUGAACACCAGAAGACUCACAUCUACAAAGAGGGAGAAAUUUCUCAAGAAUUGCAGCGUUAUGACAUUCCUGCAGAAAUGAGGUUGAAUGAUUAUAAGUACUUGUCCAAAAAUCCGGGGACCACAAGGGUUCUAUUUGGCUUGCCAGAUGAGUACCGCCAGCAGUUUGUUGUUGAUUUGGCGAUAAAGCAAGCCUUUUGGCAAGUUUACUUCUGAAGUAGUAUGAAGGUGUUUUGUUUUGUAUAACAUGAUGUAUGCGGAAGUAUUAGCAAGUCGCCUCAUUUUGGACGAAUUUAUGUGCGUCUAGUACUAGCAGGUAACUUUUUUUGGACGAAUUCGGGUAUGUAUAAUGUUAGCAGGUGACCUUAUUUGGAACGGAUUUAUGUUUGUCGGCAGAUGACUUACUUUUGGACGGAUUUGCGUAUAUCCAAUAUUAGCAUGUCGUUUUAUUUUGGACAAAUUGAUAUAUGUCUAGCAUUAUCAUGAC